GCAAUCUAUCUGCCGAAGUCCAUGCAGAGGAAGGGGAUAUGAAGCAAUGAAACCAGCAAGUGCUUUCCUUUCCUCUGCUUCCUUCUAUCUUCUUCUUUCUUAGUUAAACUAUCUUCCCAGAAAGCUAAUCCUCCCAGAGAAGAAGAAGAAGAAGAAGAGGCAUCAGGUGGAGGAUCAAGAAUGGGGAACGUGCUGAGGUCCCUAUACAGGCAAUCCGAGCACUCGGCCGAGGGGGACUCCGGCUCAAUCGGUCCCCACGGAGUCUCGGCUUCCACCGUGGGCGUCUCUGCACUCGACCGCGAUCUCUUCAACUUCGAGAUCACCUCCCAAGUUCCUGCUGGGCUAAGCAGCCAUGUGGUCGCAUCCAGGAAAGCUCAAGCCAACUGGUACGGAAAGCUGUUAGAGGCAUGGAAGGAAGCUAAGCCCCCACCACGAACACCUGAAGAGGCCUCGAGGCUCAUCAUUAACACAUUAAAGUGGCAUCAGAAAGCUGAUGUUGAGGGUUUAUUGGCUUUCUAUGGUCUUCCUCUCCCGCACGCGUUCGUCGAAACCUCAGUUGAGUUCCCUGCCUCGUUGCCACACGGAGUGCAGUUCCAGUUCCAGACGCUACCGGUCGAUCCGAAGGCCGUAGCAGAUGGAGACACAAUAUCGGUUUACGUAAGCACCGCAGACCCGCGUGAGUCAUGCUCAGUUCCACGAGAUGUGCAAAUUGCUGCCGUCGAGAGAUCAGAUGCCCGUGCUGUCCGAGACUAUGCUCGUGCUGAUGCGCUCCACCAGACAAUUAUCAACUCUGGAUACAGGGUAAUCCAUCUCCAAAAUGGCGAGGAAGUCCUUGCCCGGAAGUACCGGAUCCGUUUAAGGGGAAUCGAUGCACCAGAGGGUUUGAUGCCUCACGGCAAAGAAGCAACAGAGGAGCUCAGGAGUAUAGUUCAGGGCAAGAUGUUGACAGUUCUCGCGUACGGACAAGAUCAAUAUGGUCGAUGUGUUGGGGACGUGUACUGCAAUGGAAUUUUUGUUCAGGAAAUGAUGCUCAAGAAAGGGAUGGCAUGGCAUUAUGUAGCAUAUGACCAACGCGCUGAAUUUGCCAAGUGGGAGAAGGAGGCGCGAGCAAAGAGACUGGGAUUGUGGGCUUCGAGGAACCCCAAAGAACCAUGGGAGUGGCGGAAAAAUAAACGAGACGCGACAUAGUUCUUUAGGUUCAAGCAAUGGCAUUCAGAAAAGAGAUGUAACAUAACAUCACCCAAGAAAGGGCUUUAGAAGCUACGAGUGGAUGUAUUUAUUUGGCUUUUGUAUAAUAUACCGGUAUUGAUCCCAAUUAGGGGUGUAAGUGAGACGAGUCACUCGUGAGCUAUUCGGGAUCGACUCGAUGAUAACUUGAACUCUGCUCGGCCUUGUUGAGCUCCAGCCAAGCUCGAGUCAAGCUUUUUAUUUGAGCAAGCCGAGCACAAGCUCAAUAGUACUUGACUCGUUGAGCUCACGAGCUGAACGAGUUUACAUGUAAAA